UCCCCUCCCCCCUCCGUCACACAUCCCUCCUCCUCCUCCUCCUCCCCUCCUGUUUUCCUCUCCCUCUCUCGACUCGCUCUGCCUUCUCCAGUAUUUUCUCGGUCGCCGUCAGAGGCUGAACGCACACACACAGACACACACAGGCGGCAGGAUGUCGAUCAUCAGCAUCGUUGCCAGGGAGAUCUUGGACUCCCGGGGAAACCCCACUGUGGAAGUGGACCUUCGCACAGAAAAAGGUCUGUUCAGGGCCGCGGUGCCGAGCGGAGCAUCCACGGGGAUCUACGAGGCUCUGGAGCUCCGAGAUGGAGACAAGAGCCGCUACAAGGGCAAAGGUGUUUUGAAGGCGGUCGGGCACAUCAACGAUACUCUGGCUCCAGCCCUUCUAGCUUCAGGCAUCAGUGUGGUGGAGCAGGAGCAGCUGGACAACAUGAUGAUCGAGAUGGACGGCACGGAAAACAAAUCUCAGUUCGGGGCCAAUGCCAUCCUGGGAGUGUCUCUAGCCAUCUGUAAGGCCGGCGCGGCGGAGAAAGACGCCCCCCUGUACCGCCACAUAGCCGACCUGGCCGGAAACACGGAGCUGGUGCUUCCGGUUCCGGCCUUUAAUGUUAUAAAUGGAGGCUCUCAUGCAGGAAACAAACUGGCCAUGCAGGAAUUCAUGGUUCUACCGGUCGGAGCCGAGUCUUUCAAGGAGGCGUUGAGGAUAGGAUCGGAGCUCUACCACACGCUGAAGGGGGUGAUUCAGGAGAAAUACGGCCAAGACGCCACCAACGUGGGAGACGAGGGAGGUUUUGCUCCCAAUAUUCUGGAGAACAGUGAGGCUCUGGACCUGCUGCAGACGGCCAUAGAGAAGGCCGGCUUCACAGAAAAGGUGGUGGUCGGGAUGGACGUGGCCGCCUCCGAGUUCUACCGUGAGGGGAAAUACGACCUGGACUUCAAGUCUCCACCCGACCCGGAGCGACACAUCACUGCAGAGGAGCUGGCUGACAUCUACCAGGGCUUCGUCAACAACUACCCAGUGGUGUCCAUCGAGGACCCCUUCGACCAGGACGACUGGGAGGCCUGGUCCCGUCUGACGGCCCAGGUGGGAAUCCAGGUGGUCGGAGACGACCUGACGGUGACCAAUCCGAAGAGGAUAGAGAGAGCUGCAGAGGAGCGAGCCUGCAACUGCCUACUGCUCAAAGUCAACCAGAUCGGAACGGUCACCGAAGCCAUACAGGCGUGUAAACUGGCUCAGGCGAACGGUUGGGGUGUGAUGGUCAGUCACCGUUCAGGAGAGACAGAGGACACCUUCAUCGCCGACCUGGUGGUGGGACUCUGCACUGGACAGAUUAAGACCGGCGCCCCCUGCAGAUCUGAGCGUCUGGCCAAGUACAACCAGCUCAUGAGGAUCGAGGAGGAGCUGGGUGACCAGGCUCGCUUUGCUGGCCACAACUUCAGGAACCCCAGCGCCCUGUGAAGCCGACGCGACAGAGACAGACAGACAGACGAAUGAGACACACACACACACAAAAAACAAACAAACAAAAAAAACACACAAGGAACGAGCCAUGUACAAAAAAAAAAAAAAAAAGAUUCAUGAAAAAGAAAAAACACACACACACAAAAGAAAAAAGAGCCAAGCAAAAAAUAAACAAAUAAAUUUAAAGCUAAAUAAAUUAUGCACUGGACGUAUGAGGAGGGAGAUGAUGCUGUAUGCACACUAACACACUAACACACAAACACACACACACACAAGGAGAUGCAACCCACGCUAAUGCACAUGCAGGGGGGGGGGUCACCACGAGAAUCUAAUAUUCAUAAGCCAGACGUGCACUGUUACUGUAGUUUUAAGGGAAUGGUUCAUGUACAGACCUGCAAAAAAAAAAUAAGUUACUGUAAAAAAAAUAAAAAGAUGAAACCUAGAGAUGCUAUAGAAUAAUGUAGAAGGAAGCACGCAACUGAAAGAGAUGUGA